UUGAUGAAGUACCAUAUAAACGGAAAUGUCAAACAUGAAAUAAAAUCGGGAAAACCUCAUAUUCCCGGACUUUACGUGGUACUAAAAAUAAUACUUUCUGAGGAAUCGCCAUUCCAGUUCAAUAUAGCCCUAUACGAACUGCUGCUGAAGGUGUUGAAGUUUUGAUUCUCCUGUGUGUUCAAAUGCCGUUCCGUCCUAACAAGAAAAGAGGUUGUGUUUAAUGACAACAUUAAAGUGUUUGAAUUGUGUGAAUAUUAGCAUGAUUUCAAGGUCGGACAGCUAUCUGUUUAUUCUUACAACAUUUACUUGAGAACAGAAAGGUGUUUGUAUUCAAGGUUCAAGCUGAAACAUUUAAUAGUCUCCAAGUUCAGUAUUGGCCAUGGGCAAUUCCUACAGAAAGCCAAAAAGGAAACAGGAGCCACGCAGUUCAGUUCUGGCAAGCUGUGAAAUUCAAAACAAGCAAAUAAAGAUUAAAGAAUCAGGUGUAUUUCAUCCAGGAAAUCAUGAAGCUGAGAUGUGCUACGGAGGAGAAGCUGAUCUACACAAACAUGUUACUGGCUGUAAGAAGAAUCCAGGACACAAAGGUUUUAUACCUCUUAAAGAUUUCAACGCAAGUUGUCUCCCCUCACGUUACCCUGACGACCUUAUGUUUGAGACAAUCAAAACAUUGGCAGCCCUAACUGUCCAGGUAAAGACUAAAUUCACCAGUCUAGAGAGACCUGAGUUUUACCCAGGCACUCAAGUUCCAUAUCCAUGUUAUAAAGACAGAGGACGUCACGUGAUGAGGUUAGGGACGGGGAGGGUGUGUAGUGUGUACAAGUCCACAGAGAGUGACAUAUGGGGAACUUGUCGUUGUGCCAAGUGUCAAGUCUCUGCCACACCCAGCAAAGUGUGGGGGGAGGUUUAUGUGUUGACAGCCACACACGUGGUGUUUGAUGAGAGUGAGGCGAGACAGACCAGGUGUGUUUUAGGUUUUGAUGAUAAUAAAAGUCCAGUGGUCAGUCUUGAUGGCUGGGAGGUGUGGGAUGAGGCAAACAUUGAGAAAGACAGGUGUAUGUUGAGAUAUGUGACAUGUGACUUAGAGUUGGUUGAUGAACUGUACAAGAUGCGUUGGCACUUUCAUGAUCUAUGUGAGGAAGUAGAGAACAAAUACAGGAGAUUUUUUGAUGUGGACAAGUUGACCGUUAUAGUGUCACAUCCUCAUGGCUGUCCUAAACAGGUCUCUGUAGGACAAUGGACACACAAACGUGAGAGGGAUUAUGGCAAUUACAGCAAGUACAUCAGGUACUGGUACACAACAUGUACAUGUCCAGGCUCCAGUGGAGCGACUGUCUACAGGCUGGGAUAUGACGUGUUGUUGUAUGACCAUCCCCACAGUGGAUCAAACUCUGAAGGAAAUUAUAGUGGGGAGGAUGUGUAGUGAUGUAACUGUUAGUUCUCUCCCCUUGUCUACACAAUGUAAACAAACAAAAUGGCGGAACUAUUCCCGUCAUUAAACUGAUUGUAUUAAGACUUGCAUGUCUUGUAAACAUUUUAUCACGUUUAAAUGAUCAAAACAAAUGUUUUAAUUGAUUUAAACCGUUUAACCGUUUUAAUUUGCAUGUAUAUUGAUGGGUUUUAGAGUUUUUUUGUUUGAAAUGUUGUAAAUAAUUUGCUUAUAAUUUUUGUCGGCAAAUUGUUGUCAUAUACUAUAUACCUAUAGCCUGGCUAUUACCUGUAAAUAAAAUGUAACCUACCUGCUAAAUGUCAUAUUCAUUCUGUUUGUAUUUACUCACAAAAUGUUCGCACUAGACAACAUUAAAUGG